CCUCUCUCUACUCUGUUCUUAUCUUCUCUGCUUUCAAAAAAAAAAAAACCUCUUACAAACAAAGGAGCCAAAGAAAGUAAACAUAUCAAACACUUGCAUACUUAUCCACUUCCUGUAUUGGGUGUUUCUAUAUCUAUAUCCAAAUCCCACCUCUUCAAACUAUUUUUAUCAAAACAUGGGACGCUCGCCUUGUUGUGAAAAAGCACACACCAACAAAGGUGCCUGGACCAAAGAGGAAGACCAGCGCCUCAUAGACUAUAUCCGAGUCCACGGUGAAGGUUGUUGGCGUUCUCUUCCAAAAGCCGCAGGAUUACUUAGAUGUGGCAAGAGUUGCAGAUUGAGGUGGAUAAACUAUCUGCGCCCUGAUCUCAAGCGUGGCAAUUUCACUGAGGAAGAAGAUGAACUCAUCAUCAAGCUCCAUAGUUUGCUGGGAAACAAAUGGUCUUUGAUUGCUGGAAGAUUGCCCGGAAGAACAGACAAUGAGAUCAAGAACUAUUGGAACACACACAUCAAACGCAAGCUCGUAAGCCGUGGCAUAGACCCUCAAACUCACCGUCCUCUCAAUGAAAUCACCACCACCACCACCACCACCAACACAGUCCUAACACCAGCAGCAACAAUUUCCCACUUAGAUUUCAGCAGCAACAAUUCGUCUCUACCAUCUUUACCUGUAUCCAAGCUCAACCUCAUGAAGAACAGCCAGACAAACAACACGUACAACUACAACAACAUCAACAACUUUAGUUCUACAACAAUUACAGUACCCACGUUGAAUUACCCAAAGAUAGAGCCACUUGAAGAUGUUAAUUGCACUAGUAGUGGCACAACAACCGAGGAAGAACCACCACAACAAAUAGUACAACAACAAAAGCAAGACAAGUUUGAUGAGAGUGAGCUAAACUUGGAACUUUCUAUUGGACUUAGGCCGGUUCAGACAGAGUCAACCAGGGUGUCAAGUGCAAACACAGCCGAGUCAAAGCUACAGCAAGUUCAUGGUGGUUAUAACCAGUUGUUUGGGACAGUGCAAUCAGCCAUGGUAGCACAGGCAGUGUGUUUGUGUUGCCAAUUAGGGUAUCAGAGCAGUAAUAGUACUGAGUUGUGUAUGAAUUGCAAGAAUUCUAAUGGGCUCUACAGAUAUUACAGACCUUUGAAUUCAUAAAUUUUUUUUUUUUUGAUAAGCUAUUUUCCUUUACAGUGAUGUACAAAUUUUACUACAUCAAUAUUACAAAGGGACUUAAUUA